CCAGGGUGCAUCCCAGAGCCUGCGGGACGGGGGCUAGGGCAGACGGCCCAGGAUGGACGGACCCCGGAAGACCCCCGGCUGCCUCCCCCUCCUGGCAGCUCUGCUCCUGCGGCCGGCUCAGGCCCAGUCCCUGGCCGAGAGGAAGCCGUGGCUGGUGGGGCUGGGGGCCGCUGUGGCCUGCCUCUUCCUCCUCUUUGUCCUCACCCUGGUCUACGCCGCCUGGUGCAGGGAGUCCGGCGACAGCAAUGAAGAGAAGAACGAGGAGACUGUGGAAAAGGAGAAAGAAGGAGAAGGCAACCUGGGGCUGGAGCUGGAGGAGAAAGAGGGGCUCCCAAACCUGGAAAGAACAGACAGUACCCCCAUGUGAAGGCUCCCCGCCCGCCUUCUCCAGGCAGUCCCCCAGAGAUGCCCCUUUCACACCCUAUAAGCAAUGGCCCUGGUCCUGGAUCCAGUGAAAAGAUUCCUUUUGGGAUUCAGGGUAAAGUGACCCUAAAUGCAGUCCCACCCCACAUCUUGGGGCAUUAUGUGGUCUUUGUGCACCCCCUCUUCCCAAGCUUGGUCCCCACCUGCAGAUGCUUCUCAUGCUUGGAGGGUGCCCUGGCAAGGAGCUCACCCCCUCCGCCCCCUCCCCACCCCACCCCCUUCCUAGAACACUGGAGACCCUGUUUUGAUGAUUUCAAAGGGGUCAUUUGGAAUAGGGGCUCCCAGACCCUCCCCCCAGCCUUGGCUGUGCAUCUCUGGGGCAUGGGGUGGGGGGGAGCUCCCAGCACAUCCAGCCCAGGCUCCCCUUCCACUGCCAGGCAGCAGCUUUUGGGGGUGCACAUGAUUUGCCAGGCUCCCCAGAAUCCCAGACCGGGUCAGCCCUCCCACGGCGAUCUGGCUUUCGCUGCUUCUGAAUGUGGUGUUUGAGUCGGCUCCCUGGAGAUCUGGGCCCUGCCCCUCUGUGUGCUGAGUUUUGGGGUGCUGUUGGUGGAAGCUGCAUCUCCCAGGGGAGGGGCUUUUGGGGUGGGGGUGGAGGUACCCCCUCUUUCUGUCCUGAACUCCUGGUAGUGGCUCCAGGGAGAAGUUGAAGUUCCAACUCCCUCACUCUGUGACCUCAGGCAAGUUACUUAACCUCUCUGUGCCUCGGUUUCCUGCUGUAUCCAAAGGGGAUAAUAACUAGACACUACAUAACAUUGUCGUCAGAAGUGAAUGAAAUAACGUGCUCCGGAUCCGGUAUCCAGAAGGCAUCUAAUAAACGUUGACCCUCCUGCGGAAAUGGGGAAGAUGGGGGGGUGGCGAAUGAAACUCCCUCCCCCUCCUCAGACUUGGGGGAUUCGAAGGCUGGAGAGUGUGUCUUUGUGCAAGA